CUCGCUCGCGCGGUUGUAUCUUAUCGUACGGCGCGCUAGACUUUUUACGAUAUUAUAUAUAUAUCUGAUAUAUAUAUAAUCUCUCUCGUGCUGUUGUUGUGCUGUGCUGUGCUGUUGUGUGCGCAGACAAUUUAUUCUAUAUAUGUAUUUUACAGACCUCUCGUUUGUUGCAAAAGCGAUAAUAUAAUAGAGAGAGAGAGAGAGAGAGAGACGAGUGAGUGGGUUUUAGUUACAAAAAAAAAAACAACGAGGUGCGUUACAAUAAUAAAAAAAAAACAAGUGAUCGUUAAUUCGUUCUAUUCGAUACACGACUGUAUUAUCAAUUGGUGCAAGUGUGCAGUGUGCAAAAAGAAAUUCCGUGGUGCUCCGCUGCACGUAAACAUCGUCGUCGUGUGUUAUAUAUUCUGCCUUGUGCAGUAUAUAUAGUGGAGUGUGUCUCUCUUCUGCUGCUGCUAUUUUAUAUCUAUAGAUAUAUACGAUACACCGAGCGCACAAGUGUUGUUAUACAUCGUAGUCGAGAGUCGUGUGCGCGCACCCUAACGUGUCUGUCUCAGUGCUAUAUAUAAUAUACAUACAUAAAGGCUCGCCUCCACUAGCUCGUGCUUGUGCGGCGAUCGUCUUUAUUAGUUUUUUCUUUGGCAUAAAUAAAUAAUACGAACCGAACGCCCGAUGGUGCGCAACCUGACUCCGAUGGAGCCGACGUUCUACGAGGAGCAGCCCCAGAUCUACGGCGGCCGCAUGUCCAACGGCGGCAACCUCGUGGGCGCCGCCAUGAAGCGCAGCAAUCUCACGCUCGAUCUGAAUCGGCACCAGCAGCACCAGCUCCACCAGUCCGGCGGCAAGCGUCAAAAGAUCGUCCCGCUCACGCCCAAUCUGCUGAGCAACAUCACCCUGAACUCGCCGGACAUGUUCAAGAUCGCCUCGCCCGAGUUCGAGAAGCUGCUGCUGUCGCAGGGCAUCACCGCGGACAAUCUCAACGCCCUGAACGCGGGCGGCAUCAACAUCAACACGCCCACCUCGCAGAUGUACAGCUUCGAGAACAAGUCCCUGGUGACGGAGGAGCAGGAGCAUUACGCGCGUGGAUUCGUGGACGCUUUGGAGGCGCUGCAUCACAGCGACAGCUCGCAGGAGACGGGCGCCAUGCACGGCGCGACCUACACGAACCUCGAGCCGCCCGGAUCGGUACAGAGCACCGAGUCCUCCUCGCUGCUGGGCGGCGGCUCGUCCGGUAACAGCGGUUGCGGCAACAACGGUCUGGCCGUGUCGAUCAAGGACGAGCCACAGACCGUGCCAAGCGUGAACUCGUCGCCGCCCGUGUCGCCCAUCGACAUGGAGAACCAGGAGAGGAUCAAGCUGGAGCGCAAGAGGCAGAGGAAUCGCGUCGCCGCGUCCAAAUGUCGCAAACGCAAGCUCGAGCGCAUAUCCAAGCUCGAGGAGCGCGUCAAGGUGUUGAAGGGCGAGAACACGGAGCUGAGCGCGGCCCUGUUAAAGCUCAGGGAGACGGUGAGCAAGCUGAAGGAGCAAGUGAUCUCGCAUCUGCACUCGGGCUGCCACCUGCCGACGCACAACGGCGGCAUCGGCGGUAUCGGCCAGCUGGGACAGUUGGGCACGGUCGUCUGAGAUUGGGAGGAGGCGGACAACGACGACGACGACGAUUGUCUGCACCUCAUCGAGCAAUUUAUACUGAAGCAAGAGGAGCAGGAUGAGCAGCAACACGAGGAUAUCAGCUGACCGGUUGCCGCUGCGAAUCGAGAUACCACGACGGAGACAACGGAGCAUCGGCGACAACGACAACAACAACAACAACAACAACGGCGUGUCGUGCUCGUGUGUGCUGUCGGUAAGCUACGCAACUAACUACCGCCCGACGUCGUCGUCGUCGCCGCCGCCGCCGCCGCAUCCGUUUGUUGUUUAUUGUAUUAUCAUCCAUACAUCGUGUGUCGUGGGGCCCCGAUCGUCGCUGUGUAUAAGUUUCUCUCUUAUAAAACAUGGAUUUUAUUAUACAAAUUCGAGACUGAGUGGAACGAUUGCGUGCUGCGUGGGUGCGUGUGUGUGCGAACAAUGUGGAAAAAAUUCGUGCUUACGUGUGUGAGUGUGUGCUUUUCUCCCGAAGGCCGUCGUUGCAUAUAUACAAUUAUGUUCUAUAUAAUAAAUAUUAGCUUGUACAUAGAGAGCGAGUUUUAUGUAUAACGAGGACCGGUAGCCGGGGCUGCCCACUGUAUACGCUUCUUUUUCUCUGUGUUUUUCUCCGUGCACUCGCUCCGAAUUAUCAUUAUCAUUAUCGACAACCGCCGUAUACAAAAUGACCGAUCGCUGUGCUGAAUUGAAAGAAACAAGAUGACAAAAAAAAUUAAAUAAAAAUAAGAAUCGACCUUACAGUUGAACGAGGUGUCGCGUGUCUAGUCUUGAAGAGGAGAGCGAGAGAGAGAGUUUCGUCUCUCUUUCUCUCUGCGUAUGCGUGUGGCUGUGUAUGAUCAUGAUGUGUAUGUAUGGUGUGUGCUUUCACGCUAAAUAAGCGGAAAAUUGUAUAAAUUUUUUGUAAUCCUCGUGUGUGCGUCUCUCUUGUCGUCUUACAUACGUUGCCGUCCAGCGCGCGUGUCUAUCGGUCGUGUCGGUUGCUUGUUGAUGAUGAUGAAAAACAAAAAAAAAAAAAUUGAAUAAGUGUACAUAAAUAAUAAUGAAAAAAACAGUGCAGGAGCAACGGAAAACAGAGAGUGACGGAGAGCGUAGGAAUAGUGGGGCAGUCGUCAGUCAGGCCGGAGUCCAGGAACAAAGGAAAAAGCUUUUUUUUUCCUUGUUCUGCGCGAGAGCGAGAGCGAGCCCGACGCAUUAUGUUUCUUUGUUUAUAUUUAUGAAUAAAUAAAAGAAAGAAAGAAAAAAAAAGCUGUAAAUUUAUAUCUCUGUGCUGUAACGCGUGGUUUUAUAGACAAGAAUAUAAGUAAAAUAUUUGCUGCUUUUGCAUUUGAUUGCCUUUUUUUCUUUUUGAAGAAAUAAAAAAAGAAUCUCGCUUGAAAAUUCAGACAAGAAGAGGAAGAAUCAAAAAAACUCUCAUUCCAGAGAAUUCGCGUUGCGUAUUUUGUAUUAAAGACAAAAAAAUCAUAUAUAUAUGUAAUAUAUACAUACCUACUCAAGAAUUAUUAUUAUAUAUUUGUAGAUAAAUAAAAACGACGCUCGAGCCGUUAAAGGCCGUCGGCGAUCAUUUUUUCUCUUUCAUUUGAUGAUUUUUUCGUUACUCCAACAAGCCAAAUAUAUACGAUUGUAACAAAAAAAGUAUAAACUUAUAUAUAAAUUAUACAUAAAUGAAAUAUAUUUUAUUUAUUGCGAUGAUGAAAGUAUAAAAUAAAUAAAUUGUAUAAAGAGAUUAUAUUAUAAAAAACGAAUGGAAUAUUUGAUUUCAAUGUUGCUUCAAAUCACAAUUGUUUACAUUAUUAUAUACGCAAAGUUAACUCAUGGCUAUUCAGCAUUGCCUUUUAAUUAAAAACGUUUAAACGAAAUGAAAAAAAAAGUAAUAAUAAUAACAGAAUUACAACUCACGUAAGUGUAACUUUUUCUACGUUUUAAAGUAAACUAACAUUAUAGCCUAGCAAUAAUAUUAAUUAAAUGAUGAGCCAUUGCAAUAGCAUCUAGUGUGUAACGUGAGAGAGCAAAGUAGUCAUUUUGAUCUCGCCUCAUAAUUUCCAUGUCUUGCAACUUGACAGUCCAAAGCUUUCCGCCAUAUAAACGUAAUAUGUGUACGAUGUUCUGAAGUCUAAUAAGUAUAUAAUGAGAAAGAAAGAAGAAAAAUAAAAUAAUUCCUGACAUAUUUGCAACAACAACAACAACAACAACAAAAAACUCAUCGUGUUCACGCUGUAAUGUGAUCGCUGCUGCGUCGUGUGCAUGUGUGUACAAGACAGAUGCGAAUGUACUUUUAACGAAUUAUACUUGGCAAAUCGAUAGUUGAUAACGAUACAAAAAAAAAACUGCUAAUUCUCGAGAACAAUAAACGUAGAGUAAACGCGCGCGCCCACAAGCUUGUUGUGGUGCCCGCGAAGAGGAACAAAUAAUCGGCAUAUAAAUAAAUCAUAAACGUAUAACGUAGUAGUCGUAGAAUAAAGUAAAAGAAAAAAUAAUUUUCGUUCCGUCGAUUUUCGGUGUAGAAAGAAAAAUUCGUAUAUUUAAACGUGAAAGUAUUUUCUUUUUUUCCUUUUUUUCACGAAGGUCUGCGAAGUAGUGGUAUUAUAUAUUAUACGCGUGCUUACGAAGUGCAGACUUUCUGGGCAAUCAAUUCACUGGACAGUGUGCCUUUUUGAUGGAAAAAAAACGUAACAAUGUGUAAAAUUCGGGCGAGGUGUUGCAAAAGGAUCCAUCGAGCGACGAUCUCAACCGAUCGCUCGACGUUUUCGUCCUCCGCCGUGUUUCUCUUUAUCUCUCUAAUCUCUCUAUCUCUCUCUUUUUACAAUAUCAUUUGCAUCCCAACUGUAUAGUAACGUGUGCAUGUAAAGAAACAGAAAAAAAAAAAAUAA